AUGGCGAGAAUUGCGUUGAUGGCUGCGGCGGUUGUGCUGGCUUUCCUGACGGUGGCGCCGGUGAUGGAAGUGGCAGCGAAGAAAUGGACGGUUGGAGAUAACAAGUUCUGGAAUCCCAAUGUCAAUUACACCAUUUGGGCUCAGGACAAACAUUUCUACCUCGACGAUUGGCUCUAUUUUGUGUACGAGAGAAACCAAUACAACGUGAUAGAAGUGAACGAGACGAACUACGUAAGCUGCAAUGCCGAGAACCCGAUCGCUAAUUGGAGUCGUGGAGCUGGAAGGGACUUGGUUCAUCUCAAUGUCACCAAACGUUACUAUCUGAUCAGCGGAAGUGGUGGUGGUUGUUUCGGCGGCAUGAAGCUCUCUGUUUUAGUUGAGAAAGCGCCUCUCGCACCAGCUGAAGCACCUGCCAACAACAGUGCAACAAGAGCCUUUCCCGUCUAUGGUUUUUUUAUUCCGGUGGCUGUUUUGGCAGCAAUCGGGACAAUUCUUAAUUUCUUUUGA